AUGUCUACUUUAGAGCCUCUUACCUCAGCCCAACCUAUCUCACAGGCCAACUUCAGCAACUUUCGGCUGCUUCCUACAGGGGAGAUCUUGCUCUACCUCAAGAGGAAUCACGUCAAUGCCAAUGGGUGGACUGGCAGGUAUGACCUACAUUUUCUCAUCAACAAAUCGUACAUGUCAGGACUCAUCGUGCCGGACGGAUACGGAGGAUGGAAGAAUCCGACUACCGGUCUCUUCUACCUCGAGUACGAACUUCGCGAACUUGUUGGUGACGUCGCGAACGAGGAAGCGCAAACAGCCGCUUUACAAGAAGACUGGCGUAUUCCGGUCAAGACAUGGCCCGACCAAGGUUGGGAAGCGGAUGAGGGAACCUUGUCCGGGGCCAUGACUGACGUUAUGGAAGAGGUGACCAGGAAGUCCCAGAUGCCCUCGUUCCGGGAUGUUACCGACCACUUCCUUGGCUCGGUCACUACGGUGGCUAGUUCCGCCUCGAACCAGACUAGUCGAGCCUGA